UUGUGGUGUUGCUGUUGGUGGCGGUGAUUGCCAGCAACCUGACAAGUUGGCGGUGGCGGUGGUGUGGGCGGCUGGGAAGCUGCGCUCAAUAUUCACGCUGCUCGUUGAGUGUGAGGAGGACGACCAUGUGCUUGCGUCUGCAUGCGAGAUGUUGCAAGUCCUCAGCUCCAGCCAUGCUGGCGCAUUGGCAUUUAGCAACAAUGGAAGCCUCGCGGCCUUAGCCAGCCUGCUGGGACGCACUCACAACCCUCACACCCUGGAGAAGAUCACCGGCACGCUGUGGAACCUGUCGCGCCACGAGUUUCUGAGGGCUGCGCUGGUGGAGCUUUGCCUCCCGGCGCUGGUGGAGCACGUGCUGGUGCCAGAGAGCGGCUGGAGGAGCAACUUUGGAGACUCGCCCGCCUCACCCUCCCCACCCGGCUCGUCCGCCUCGCCUUCCGCGGCGUUCUGCAACGCCUUGACGUGCCUACGGGAGUUGAGCUCGGCAGAUCCGGACGGACGGCUGAGCACGUGGAAGGGCGAGGGGCUGGUGGACUGCGUGCUGCGCUUCGUCCGCUCGGCACUGAGAGGACGCAACAUCGAGACCAAGGUGACCCCCACAGCGCGAUGGGUAGCGGUGGUGUAGCGGUUAGCGCUACGCUGCUCUAUGAACCCGGCGGCGGGUCCAAGUGUGUCGAGUCCAACUCGGUCGCAGACGUUGUCUUGGGAGCAACACUCUUCAGCGACACAACACAAGCUACACUUGGGUGUUGACCGCGUGACUAGAGGCUUCUUCAACCCGAUGCGGAUCUUCAUCGCCAGCAACACGAAGAACCCCGAGCCCCUCACUCUUUGGUCUGCAUCAGCAGCAGGCCACGCUUUCCCGCCCGUUGACAGACACUUGCGUGGCGUCCGAAACGUCGUGA